AUGGAUUCCGACUCACUCACUUCAACAAGCUCUUCUCUUUGUGAUGCGCUCUCUUCUCUAGCUUUAUCUCAAAAUGAUCAGAGCAAAGAUUUCGCAUCAAUUCCAAGCGAUCUUGAUGAUACCUUACUUUCAAAAGGGAAGAUAGAAAAGGGUACCUUGCUCAACAAUGGGCGAUAUGAAGUUAUAUGCUCAAUUGGCAAAGGCGCAUUCGGAAAAGUCGUCAAAGCACUCGAUUAUUCUACCAAACAAGCAGUCGCCAUCAAAAUUAUCCGAAAUGAGCCUCUAUUCCAGUCCCAAGCCAAAAGUGAAAUUGAAAUUCUUGGUUUUUUAAGAGAAGUAGACCAAGAAGAAGGUUUUUUUGUAAAAAUGCUGGACACUUUUAUUUGAAGAGGUGUCACAUGUAUCGUGUUUGAGUAUUUAGCCAAAGACUUCUACCAGCUUUUAAAAGAAACUAAUUUCCAAGGCUUCCCUCUUGAGACAAUUAGAAUUUUCGCGUGGCAGCUGCUAUAGGGGUUUUCCUUAUAUGGCCCGAUAAGGGCCGUGGGUUCUCCGUGGAAUCCCUCUGUUGGUCAGACCAACUCAGUGCGUUGGUUUGACCAAUUCACUAGUUGGUUCAGCCAGCAGAGGGAUUCCAAGGAGAACCCACGGCCCUUAUCGGGCUAUAUAGGGAAAACACCUAUAACUGGCUUAAGCUUGCUAGCACUUCCGAAUAUGCGAGUUAUACAUAGUGAUUUAAAACCAGAAAAUAUUAUGCUGAAAACAGUUGACAAGGCUGGAAUAAAAAUUAUUGACUUUGGAAGUUCUUAUAAAGGCGCAGAAGCUCAGUUUAAAUGUGCACAAAGCAGGUAUUACAGAGCCCCUGAGGUGCUAUUGGGACUCCCUUAUAAUAAUCAAAUUGACAUGUGGAGCUUAGGCUGCAUUUUGAUAGAAAUGCAUACUGGAAGACCAUUAUUCCCGGGCUGUAAUAGUUAUGACCAAAUGCAGAGGAUUGUGAAUUUGAGGGGAUUCCCUAAUAAAAAUAUGAUCAGAAACAGCCAAAAGGCAGCCCAGUAUUUUAAUAUCGGGGAAAAAAUUACAAUGCUGGAGCCUUAUAAGCCGAAAAGUUCGAAACCAAAGUCAAUUGGAGAGUUUAUAGAAAAAUACGGGAUAUGACAGGAGGACUAUAUAAGUAAUCAAUAUUUCAUUGACUUAAUUGAUAAAAUGCUGCAACUUGAGCCGAAUAAACGAAUCACAGCACAAGAAGCGCUGAGACAUCCAUUCUUUUUUACUAUGUACCCGACUUUAGUAAAGACUGUAAUAUUAUCACCUAAAAAUUCCUCGAAGUCAGUAUUCCCAGACUCUGAGUUUUCUUCACCUUUUUCCAAGAAAUCAACUGCACCAUCUUCAAAUUAUUCACAGGAUGAGGGCAUGAUGUAA